AUGCUAGCUUUACAUUUUAUCAUAUGCAAAACAUUUGUACGCAAUACAAGUAAACCUUGAUCUGCAAUCUGAUUACAGCAGUGCAAUUAUGAAUAUCGAAGAGCUUACGACGAAUGAGCCUUGAAUGAUAUCGCGAAUUCUAACUUUAUUCUGUCGUCAACAUGGGCGUUGAUCUCUUCUUUUAUGGAGUAUUUUUCGCUUUAUUUACACGCGUACAAUCAGAAACGGCGACAAGUGAAACUUCUGGAUCACAUGUACAUGCACAAAGCUAUAACCGUUUCAUCAAGGAGCAGAAUGCGACGGUGAAUAAAAAGUACCAUGGCUCAGUGUCGGUUGAUGACGACAAUGUAGUCUACAAGUUCGAACAUGUGCAAGUGGGGGUGCACGAGAACAUUCAGAUUGAACUGUCGGUGGUCGGUGGCGACUACGAUCCAGCUUUGCCACCCCUAUUCGCAGUUGUACGGACUAGUGAGAACAUCAUGUCGUUCCAAGUGCCAGUGAUGAUCGGGGAGAGACUCUACUCGGAUGUGUCCCGCACCCUCUGUACUGCCCCGAAUGCAUCGGAAGAGCUGAACACAUUCUUCAUAGACUUGUCCACUCUCUCCGCUCGCAGAUACAACUUCACUCUAUCCACUACAGUCAUUGACUCAUCCCAGCUCAAGGGCACAGGACACGCCCUUCUGCAUGUGUCUCCGUCGCAACCACAAGUGCUCUCCUACCAACUGAAACCAGGAGAGGAUGAGUCCCACUCGUCAGUGCUGGUGAAGUUCGAAUCAGAUGACAACUACUGCUCCAUUGUGUCUGUCCAGAAUGCUCAAUGUCCAGUGUAUGACCAGGUGGACGAUGUGGCAUAUGAGGGAGUCCAUCAGUACUUCACUAAGAAGGCGGGAAUCGUAGUGUCGCGUGAACGACUGAAGUCAGACUGGUUCUUCAUUGUUGUCAUAGUAGUCCCCACGAACGUCACAUGCGACUCCUCCGAUUCCCUCUACCCCCUCUCCUCUCCCUUCCUCUUCAUGCCCCCCGCGAAGUUUCCCCCCUCCCCCAAUGCACACAGUCAUAUCAGUCUAUCUACUAAGAAGAGUGCGGAGUUGUAUAAAAAGAGAUGGGAAGAUGUUUUGAGAAUUAAUGACAAGCAGUCGAAAAAGGUCACCAUCACUAUAGUCAGAACUGGCGAGAAGGAGAUCUAUUUCACUGCGACUGUGACUGCAUUGGUGGCAUUCGGAUCCUUCUAUUUCGUUUUCUUCAUCUACGCCCUCGCCCAGUUUUGCAAAAACAGAGCUCUCCAAGAGCAGUACAGGCGUCAGACUCUGGAUCUAGACAACGACUGUGAUCCAGGACUGCUGGACUCCACAGUUCCAAUUUCUGUAUGCGAUAGCAACGGAGUCUCGUCAUCGAUACGAGAUAUAUCACACAGUGCAGUGAAUGUGCACUCUGGGAAUAGUGUAAGAAGUGGAAGUGCAGUACAUAGAAGCAGAGCAAUUAGUAACAAAAUCGAGUCGUCUAAUCAAGACACGAUUAGUAGCUGUUCUUCAUCUGCAGACGGAGACGGAAAUGGAGAGAACUACAGGACGGCGGAGGAGAAUCUGACAACAGCGGACACAGAAAGACUCGCCACAAACCACCACUGCACAUCAGCUACAGGCCACCAUCAUCACCACAAAGGCGUGGUCUAUCUGAGUGACCUGGCACGGAAGCGAUCGAACACUCUUCAACGAAAAUACAGACUAUAUUUUUGGACACUCCUAACAGUCGCCAUAUUCUACACUCUGCCUGUAAUCUAUCUCAUGAUCUCCUAUCAACUCUAUUUCGACACUGGCAACCAAGACUUCUGCUACUACAAUUUCUGGUGCUCCCAGCCAUACUCAGUGUUUGCUAGUUUCAACAGUCUAUUUAGCAACAUAGGCUACGUUAUGUUGGGUGUUCUGUUCUUUUUGAUCGUUUACUCGAAAGAAGCGAACUUUAAAUUACGAGUAUUAAUUGACCCGGAUUUGCCUAAUCGUGGGAUCCCAAAACACUUCGGAAUCUUCUACGCUAUUGCACUGGCGUUAUGCAUGGAAGGCGUGAUGUCUGCAUGUUACCAUCUGUGCCCAAAUGGGUUCAACUUCCAGUUCGACGUGUCCUUCAUGUAUAUUAUUGGAGGUCUGGGCACUCUGAGGAUGUACCAGAGUAGACAUCCGGAUGUGAAUGCGAAUUCACACAUGGCAUUUAUGACGUUCGCAGUUGUCAUCGCAAUUUCAGUCGUCGGAGUGGUGUUCCAUGCGCAGAAUUGGUUCUGGAUACUAUUCGUGGUCUGCUAUCUGCUCGCAGUUUUCUACGUCACAUGCCAAGUCUAUUUCAUCAGCAAAAUCAAACUAGACUGGAAGCUGUUCCAUCGGAUGUUGACCUUCGUACGGAGGGAGUAUUGUGUGAUUAAGCCCUGGAGACACUACCUACCCAACAAACCGGACCGAUUCAUUCUGCUGACUAUUGGAAAUAUUGUCAAUUGGGCCAUCGGCGUUCUGGGCGUGAUCAAACAGCCGACCAGCUUCGGCAGUCUCCUGUUGUCCAUCUUCAUCGUGAAUCUGCUGCUCUACUUCAUGUUCUACAUCAUCAUGAAGCUGAGGUUCAAAGAGAGAGUGCACUACUUCACUGUGUUCCUGGGCAUGUUCGGAUUCUGCACCUGGAUAUCGGCACUCUACUUCUUCAAGGAGUCAUGCACCAACUGGCAGCUGUCGCCGGCUCAGUCGCGUGAAUUGAACAAGGAGUGUGUGUUGCUGGACUUCUACGACAACCACGACAUUUGGCAUUUCCUGUCUGCCAUCUCUCUCUUCGUCUCGUUUCUCAUCGUGCUCAUUCUGGACGACGACCUGGACUCACGCGAGAGACACAACAUCAAAGUGUUCUAGAAUGUUCUAGAACAAAUAACAGAAUACUUGGGGAACAUUGUUCUAUUAUGAAACAGAAAGAAAUAUUGGAGAAAAAUGUCUAUAAUGAAUCAGAAUACAGCGAGAAAUACCUGGAGCGCAACCGAAAAUAACAAGAAAUGAAGAUGGUUCUUGGCUACAAUGAGAAAUAGUCAAAAUUGAAAAUGCAUAUGUUGACUCGAGGAAAAACCUAUGAAGAGACUUGUGGCAGUCCAACUAAAAGCACAUGGUAAAUGAAGUGUGUUGUUGCCCACGUUCGAAAAAACCUGUUUGAUUUUAAAAAAAUGAAUAAUUUCAUUAGUUCUCUUUAAAAAAAACUAAUUUAUUUUUAGUUACUCCUUGUAAAAUACUAUUCUUCGGGUUUUCUAUCAUAAGCAAUGCGAAUGAUGUUUAAUUCGCAUUUAAUUUCGUAUUCGGAUAUCAUCGUCUGACUUGGCCGAUUCAGAGUUUUCAGUAUUAUUUGGUGCAAGUCUUGGCUUCAUAAGCAAGCAACCAAUUUAUUUGUUUAAUCUAAAUUUUCUAUCGUAGAUUUUAAUGAUGCAUUAGUAUUUAUAGAUUACCCAGCAAAUUUAGUGUUUCUGUACCCAGUAAUA